AUGGAAAUUAAUACAGAAUCGUUUAAUCCUUUUUAUGAUGAUUUAAAUGAAAAAAAUCCAUCAAAAAUAGCCAUUGAACAACUUGAACAAGAGAUUUUUUCUAAUGAUUUUUCAAAAGAAAGACUUUCAAAUGCUAUAAAACAGCUAUCAGAAAUCGCUGAAAAGGUUGGACUGGAUCCUAUAUCAAUCGAUAAAGGUAUUUCAAUGAUCUGUCGUAGCCAUCAUAUUGGUCAAAGCAAUGCAACUACAAUCAUCAAUUUAAUGAUGCCAUGUGAAAAAGUCAAGCAAAAAACAGCUAUUAGAAUAUUAGGAAGUCUUGGCCAUGGUAAAGGAAGAGCAAGUUUAUUUAUACAGAAUAUGCUUCUUAAAUGGAUUGUUAUGGUUUAUGAUUAUCUAGAUGGGUAUGAUGAAUUAAAUCAGCUUUAUGGCGUUAUUUUUCAUUAUAUUGGUUUUGUAACACUUAGGAAAUAUCUUUGUCAUAUUUUAAUUCUUAUAACACGCCGUAACAAUGUAAAGGCAUUUCGAAUAGAAAAACUUCUUGAAAUUCAGCGUCAGGCUCCUAAUGAUCAAAGCAUUUUUUCUCUAUUGCAACUUUACAAGUCAUAUUAUCCAGAUAUCAUAGUAACCAAAUUUUUAAAAGUUCAUGAUAAAUUAUUUGAUCACCCAAAUAAAUCGUGGUUAGCAAAAGUUAAUGCACUUCAAGAAUCUUCAUCUAGUAAAAUGAAAAAGGAUCAUGACACAUCACAUUAUGAAAUUAUGGGUAAUUUUUAUCGUGGUUUUAAAAGACAAAAAUUCGGGAAUUUUGUGAUUCCUGAAAUUCGAACAUUUGGUUCAAAAAAGGAAUCAUAUACUACAGAAGAAAUACGGACUAAACAAGAUCUUGUUGAACAUAUUGAUGAUAUUGAAUUUCCUGGUCAACUUGUAUCUAUUUUAGAUAGCCCAAUACUUCAAAAUCUUUUAGUUUUGCGCUGUCCAGAAUUUGCUAUUGAACGUUUAAAUUUUUGGUUUGAAGCUAAAUUAUCGUCAGAUUUAAGGGAAAACAAUAAUGAUGUAUAUAUUAAUGAUAUUUUACAACAUUUAGAAAAAUUUACAUAUUUCUUUAAGGAAACAUUGUCAUCUAUAGAUAAUUUUUUAAAUACAUUAUUGAAAACAUGGGAUGGUUUUAAAUAUCGGGAAUCAUUUUUUAAUCUCUUAAUACAUAUACCUAUUAAAUCAGAAAAAGAUAUUACAAUUAUGUUAUCGCAUCUUAUAAAAUUACAAAAUUUAAAUGAUUUAAAUUAUUGUAUAGACUUAAUGAAUUUUUUUUCUCGUCUAACUAGACAAUGGGUUAUAAAAUAUAUAAUAUUAAUCAAUAAAGAUGAGACUUAUUGGAAACUUCCAUCCAAUAAUAAUAUACCAAAUAACCCUUUUGACUCUAUUUUGUUUUUACUCGAAAAUAUAGAUAAUUUAUGUAUUAAUAUCCUUGAGUGUCAUAAAAAUAAUAUACGUAUUCAUGAUUCUAUUCUUUCAUUUUAUGAGCUUUUGUCAGAUUUAAUUGUUCAAGAAAAACUACCAAAUAUUAUAUUACCAUCAUCUCAUAUUAUCUAUCAAUGUUUUUUUUCAGGAAAUGGAAUGAGUUUAUCAAGAACAUGUGGAUUAAUAGUAGGAUAUAAAGCCGCUUUUGAUUACCAUGAAAAAAGUGAAAUAAAAUCUAUAUAUCAUCGCGAUAUUGUUGAUUACUUUAAUUCUUUUGUAAUGGAUUUCUGUAAUUGUUUAUGGAGAAACAGAGCAUUUAAUAAACAAGAUAAAAAUGCUCUUGGUUGUCAGCUAUCUGACGAAAUUAUUGCAACACUCAAAUCCAUGGCUGAAAUGCAAGGGAUUUUUUUUGGUUCUGUUUUUUCCAUUACACAUGGAACUGUAUUUGCACGUUGGUCGGCAGAAACUUUAAGAGAUCUAGAGAAUGCAUCUACCACCAUCGUUAAAAAGCAUGUAGGUCCUGUAAGCAAUACAUCUUUGAAACGAUGGGCAGAGGAAGGAGGAUUACAAAUCAGCUUAAAUGACUUCAGAGUUCUUGUAUUGAAUAAACUUCAAGAAAAGCAUUAUACUGGAGUAUAUGAUUUUUUGUAUAGUUCCAUGGCAUCUUUGAAAGAACGUCGCUUAUCAUAA